AUGUUGAAGAUCUCCAUUCUCUUUUCCAUAAUCUUUGCUUUUGGUUUCCUUAGAAAUGUUGUUUCACACAACAAUUCUCUUCCAUAUGAAGCGAUUUUCAACUUUGGUGACUCUAUAAGUGACACCGGAAAUGCUGCUUUUCAUGAACCAUUUCCAUCUGAUUCUCCUUAUGGUUUAACAUACUUUAAACAUCCUGCUGGACGUUUGUCAGAUGGACGAUUAAUCAUAGACUUCAUAGCUGAGGCAUAUGGGCUACCAAUGUUGCCAGCCUAUUUGAAUCUCACAAAAGGACAAGACAUUAAAAGAGGAGUAAAUUUUGCAUAUUCUGGUUCAACUGCACUUGAUAAAAGUUUUUUCGAUAAGAGAGGACUCGACGUAAAGGCGGCUGCUUAUUCAUUGAGCUUUCCUUCCGGUAAAAUCGACACCUUUAGAGUAUGUUGUGGAGUAGGUGAAGGAUACCGUCUCCAUGGGCGAUGUGGAUUUGGUGAUGCAAAACCUUGUGAACAUCCUUCAAAACAUAUAAAUUGGGAUGGAUUUCAUUUCACUGAAGCAGCAUAUAGACUAAUAGCAAAGGGAUUAAUUGAGGGUGCUUUUGCUCAUCCUCCACUCAAACCCCCUGUUUCAAAGAUACCUGAUAAUUGA